AUGCUGCCUCGAAUGCUGAAAAUGCGUACGGUAGGCACCGUACUCGCCGUUGUUUGGCUCUUCGUGCUGGCCUUCAUUUAUGUGCAAUCGACGAAUUCCAGCGAGCUGAAAAAUCAAGGCCAUCCACCCCCUCCACUACCCCUCGACGCCAUCAAACCGCGCUCCAUGGAUAACGACGAAAAUCGGCUGAAAAAACAGGCUCCGCCCAUUCCAACGAUCGAUUUGGCUGAGGACACCACCAUUCAUAAGAGGACAGAAGCCGGUGUGACGUGGCAGAAUUUUGAUGUCGAGAAAUUCUUGAAUAAGGGGAAAUGGCAUAAGGGAGAGGACAAAUACAAGGCGAAUUCGUUCAAUCAAGAAGCCAGCGACGCGUUGAAUCCCACCCGGAACAUUCCGGAUUCUCGAGAAGCGCCCUGCCGGGACGUUGACUAUUCCAAGUACGAAAUGCGACCAACUACAGUAAUCAUCACGUAUCACAACGAGGCGAGAAGCUCAUUGCUACGUACCGUAUUCUCUGUUUUCAAUAUGUCCCCAGAGGCAUUGCUCAUGGAGAUAGUGCUCGUUGAUGACAAUUCAGAAGACGUGGAAAUUGGAAAAGAGCUGGCUCAAAUUGAAAAAAUCAAAGUGCUGAGAAAUAAUCAGCGAGAGGGACUGAUUAGAUCGAGAGUUAAAGGCGCACAGGUGGCUCAGGCGCCGAUUCUGACGUUUCUGGACAGUCACAUCGAGUGUAAUCAGAAGUGGUUGGAGCCAUUGCUCAGUCGGAUCGCCGAGAACCCGAAGGCAGUGGUCGCGCCGAUUAUCGAUGUGAUAAACGUUGAUAAUUUCAAUUAUGUGGGAGCCAGUGCGGAUUUGAGGGGAGGAUUCGACUGGACCCUCGUAUUCCGUUGGGAAUUCAUGAACGAAGAGCUCCGAAAAGACCGUCACGCCCAUCCGACGGCUCCAAUCAAGUCCCCAACGAUGGCCGGAGGGCUUUUUGCGAUUUCCAAGGAAUGGUUCGAGGAAUUGGGAACCUAUGACCUGGAUAUGGAAGUAUGGGGUGGCGAGAAUCUGGAGAUGUCAUUCCGCGUUUGGCAGUGUGGAGGAUCCCUCGAGAUCCUACCGUGCUCUCGUGUCGGACACGUGUUCCGCAAAAAGCAUCAGUAUACGUUCCCCGGCGGUUCGGGCAACGUUUUUCAGAAAAACACCCGCCGCGCGGCAGAAGUCUGGAUGGACGAGUACAAGGCCAUAUAUUUGAAAAAUGUGCCAUCGGCGAGAUUUGUGAACUAUGGAGAUAUCGGCGAUCGAUUAGCGAUUCGCGACCGCCUACAGUGCAAAUCGUUCAAAUGGUACCUGGAUACAGUGUACCCGCAGUUGAGUUCCCAAAAAGACGCCUGGCAAAUCGCUCCAAUGAAAAUCGGCCAUUUAUGCCUGGAUUCGAUGGCCAGAAAAGAAAAUGAGGCCCCCGCCCUUUUCGCCUGCCACGGGACCGGCGGAAAUCAAGAAUGGAUUUUUGAUGAUUUGACGAAAACCUUCAAAAACGCAAUUAGCCAGAUGUGCCUCGAUUUUUCAGCGGAAAAGAAGGAUGUUGUGAUGGUGAAGUGUGAAAAUCUCCGCUCUAACACAAUGGUCGUCGAGAAGAACGGAUGGUUGACACAGGGUGGCAUGUGUCUUACAGUAACCCAAAAAUCGCCAAAUUCAGAAUAUCAAAUUUUCGGAUCACAUUGCGAUGUCAAAAACGGAGCGCAGCGAUGGAUUUUCGAGAAAUUGGAGACUUUCGAGUCCUGA